AUGAACAACAGCCAGCAGCAGCAGCAGCAGCACCCGCCGCCGCGGAGGGUCUCCAACGUGGGCUCCAUGCUGCUCACCCCGCAGGAGAACGAGAGCCUCUUCGGCUUCCUCGGCAAGAAAUGCGUGACAAUGUGCUCUGUGGUCGUUCAGAUAUAUGCAGCAGAACGUAAUGCUAUGUGGUCAAAGAAAUGCUGUGGUGUAGCUUGCCUUGUAAAAGACAAUCCACAAAGGUCCUAUUUUAUCAGAAUAUACGAUAUCAAGGAUGGAAAACAAUUGUGGGAACAAGAAUUAUAUAAUAACUUUGUAUAUAAUAGUCCUAGAGCAUAUUUUCAUACCUUUGCUGGAGAUACAUGUCAGGUGGGUCUUAAUUUUGCUAAUGAAGAAGAAGCUAAAAAAUUCCAAAAGACAAUAACAGACCUACUUGGACGACGGCAGAGAAAAUCUGAGAAAAGGAGAGAUCUACCAAAUGGUCCAAGUCUGCCAAUGGCAACUGUUGACAUCAAAAAUCCAGAAAUCACUACUAAUAGGUUUUAUGGUUCACAAGUCAACAAUAUCUCCUAUACCAAAGAGAAGAAAAAAGGAAAAGCAAAAAAGAAAAAAUUGACAAAGGCAGAUAUUGGAACUCCAAGCAACUUCCAACACAUUGGCCAUGUUGGCUGGGACCCAAACACAGGUUUUGAUGUUAACAAUUUGGAUCCAGAAUUGAAAAACCUAUUUGAUAUGUGUGGAAUUUCAGAGGCUCAGCUGAAAGACAAAGAAACUUCCAAGGCUAUAUAUGAUUUUAUUGAAAAAACAGGAGGAGUAGAAGCAAUUAAAAAUGAAUUGCGUAGACAAGCUCCACCACCACCUCCACCAUCUAGAGGUGGUCCACCUCCUCCUCCACCACCACCACCACCACCACAUAGCUCAGCCCCCCCUCCUCCUCCUGCUAGGGGAAGAGGAGCUCCUCCCCCACCACCUUCAAGAGCUCCAAUAACAGCACCCCCUCCCCCACCUCCUUCUAGACCUGGUACUACAGUGCCACCACCUCCACCAAAUAGGAUAUAUCCUCCUCCUCCACCAGUUCAUACUUCUGCUCCCCCUGCCCCCCCUCCUCCUCCUCCUCCAUCAUCAGGUGGUUCUUCUGGACCUCCACCACCACCACCUCCCCCUCCUGGUCCUCCUCCUCCACCUGGUCUUCCAUUAGAGGUUGACCAACAAUUUCCAGCUCCUUCAACAAAUAAAACAGCUCUUUUAGAUCAAAUAAGAGAAGGUGCCCAAUUAAAAAAAGUAGAACAAAACAGUCGUCCAGUCUCCUGUACCGGAAGAGAUGCACUACUUGAUCAAAUACGACAAGGUAUACAGCUGAAGUCGGUAUCUGAUGGCCAAGAGACUGUAUCAGCUACAUCUGCACCUACGUCAGGUAUUGUGGGUGCACUAAUGGAAGUUAUGCAGAAAAGGAGCAAAGCCAUUCAUUCUUCAGAUGAAGAUGAGGAUGAAGAUGAUGAAGAAGACUUUGAAGAUGAUGAUGAGUGGGAUGACUGAUCAAUAUAUUAUAUCGUAUAUAUAUUUUUACGGUGAAAUACUAAACUACUUUCUGUCUAUGGAUUCUGUAAAAUUAUCAUGUAAAUGUUUUACCAAUUUACUGUAUAUUUUUGUUGCCUUUUGCUUUUUUAUUAAUCUGUGCAAUACCUCAUUUAAUCUGUAAAGGUUUGUCAUCCUAUACAAGGUUACUCCCUUCUAAUUAUGUAAAAGUUUACAUCAGAUGCCUAGUGUACAUGUGAAUACUUUCCAUUCCAUCAAUAAGGGAGUUUUAAUGUAAUCUGUGAGAUUGACAAACACACCUUAAAUGUAUUUAGUUAUAAUUGCAAGAAGGAAAACACUAUUUUCAUACCCUACUUUUUCUGUAUCUAGAUUUUCUUAUUAAAACCUAAUAUAGCACUACAUACUUUAAGCAAUGCAGCUCUUAGUUUUAGCUUCUUCAUCUGGGAAACUAAGCUUCAUGGAUGAGGCUGAUAAAAUGAUGAGCAUUUCAACACUACCAUUCAGAUUUAGUCUUCAACCUGUAAAGCAAUCACUAGAAAAAUUAAGUGGUCAUGAAAAUUUUCCCUGAUCUGGAGCAUUGUUGCCUAUAUCAGAGCUUUGAUACCUGAAUACUGAAUUUAAGAAUAGUCUGUUUGGUCAAUAAAUCUGAUAGAAACCACCUUUGUGACUUUUCCCAACUGUCGUUCAUGACAAAGAGGAGUCUACAUUUUUUGGCAACUGCUGCAGUCAUUAUUUAUUUUUAUAUAAGGUUUUUUACUGAAGGGCUGUAGUUGAUGUUUGCUUUGAAUAAUAAUGGUUGUAAAUUAAUUUUUUUUAAAUGUAGGGCAUUGGUAUGCUAAUAAAUGAACUUAAGUAGUGUAA